AUGAGUCAUUCCGGAAGAAUCACGAAACUUUUAUUGGAUCGAGUUACUGAGCGUGAAGAACCAGAUCGUCCACGAUCGAGAGCAAGUCCACUUGAAGAAGAAAUCGUACGCUUCUUGCUCGAAGUAAUCGAAAAUGUUCACAAGUGUACGUCAUAUGAAGUUGAAUCAGAAACAACGCUCGAUCACGAUGAUGAUGACGUAUUCAGCGAUUUUGAAGAUGAAAGUAUUGAUCCAAAUUUUGAUGAGACCGAAGAUGUUGAGAGUCCACCGAUUACAAUGAACUUCGCUCUCUACUACAUGAAAAAAGUCAUCGAUUACUAUGAUGCUCGUGACUCGACUGGAAGAAAGAGACAUACAUGGAAAUCCACAAAGCAUCAAUUCAAAUCCAUACCUCAUCGACAGUAUAUUGCUCGCUUUCGCCACUACAUUGAGCAAAAUGGUACAAAACGAGAAAAAAUGUGGAUCAUAGAUGAUUUCGUCUACGACAGAUUUGAAGAAGCUCGAGAACGUGUUAUCUCUAUCCAUGAUCGCGAUUGA